AUGACCAAUCCUAGUCGGGGGUUUAAUAUUGUCGCCGCGAGAAACCGACAACAAUACCUAAAGCUCUUAAGGGAAAGUGCAAGAGAGGCAGUCUCGAAUGAAAAAGUCUUUAGUGAUGUGAAGAGUGCCGCCAUUAGUACAUCAUGCAAAAUUCGUAUGCAUGAAGCUAACUUGAAUCUUCCUGAAAAUUGGGUAAAAAAUUCUACUGAACGUCUUCAAAAAUCAUUAGAGGGAAUAGUUUUGCCGAAUAAAAUUUUAAAUAAUGAUUUAUUUCUUUCUGCUCUUAUACAUCCAAGUCAUGUUCGUGUGCGUUCUACUCGUUCUAUAGUAGCAAUGCCUAUUGAAUUGACUUUAACAGGUUCAUCAACAUUACGCCUAUUGAAGGAAAUUGCGUCUGUUCAUGGUAUGACAGGAAUUUUGCAUGUGGAAGAGACUUCUGAUAUUCCUCGUCGUCUUAAUGUGGAGGAAUUUCUUCUUUACGAUAAAUCUAUAUUUAGUGGUGAAGGAGAAUCAGAUAGUAGUAGACCUCCAGAGGAGGUACGAUUAGCUGCUGCAACCGCUUUGUGUGGUGCAUUAACUUUAACAGAAAGUUUUCAUUCUACUUCUUUAUUGCUUGAUCGUUUACGUCAGAAAUAUCAACAGCAAUAA